CAAAAGAACUACAUGCAUGGUUGGUUGCAUACAGUGGGGGCUUUUUUUAAACUAAUUUGACACUUCGACUUUUCGAAAAACUUCAAAAUAAUGGCAAGUGGUGAUAACAGAAAAACAAAGCUAAAGUGCCCCCCGAAAAAUCCCUGUCUCCUCAUAAGACAGCUCGUGGAGUUAAUCGAGCACCCAAUUUCGCAAAAUGCAACUGAGCGUCACUUACAACUGUUGAAUGAGUUUUUAAACGCCUCACAUUACGCUUUUUGGCUUCAAGACAUUCCGUUUAUAAUCCGCUUGUACGAAAAUAUUGUUAAAAGAAUUGACAAAUUCCCCCAGUACAAGCAACCCCUCGAAUGCUUGCUGUACUUCAGUGCAAUUCCGCCAAUGUUGACGAAAAAUUCGGACAAACUGGAAUACGUAAGAGACUUUCAGGAGUAUUUUUCAGUCUUGGGUUAUUUAAUUUUAUGCUUACAUGACGACAAUUUCAAAAAACUGGUCUUAAACGCAAUCAGGAAUUUAUUACAACCCAAACCACCGAUCGGCUACUGUUGCGUUCCUCUUGAUUAUUGUAAAGAAGCGGCUGAAAAAAGCCGGCUUCCGGAAGUUUUAGCGCAACUAUUGCAAGUCGUUUCUGAUCAAUUAUAUCCCUUGCUGCUGGACGUAAUGUUCCUCCUUUGCGAAAUUUCGCCGAAAGUUUGCGAGGAAAUAGUCGCUGAAAAUGCGAUUGAGUAUCUUUUGCAACGACUGGAGCCAACUUGGCACGAGCGGCCUUCGGAAAUCAAGCCCAGAAACCCAUCUUCGCAAGACAAUAUUCCUAUCCUGGACGACACUUGUUGCAUUUUAUGGAAAUUGUUAAAUGUGGUCGAUGCGCAGAAAAACAACGUUCCAAACCCGUCACUUUUCGCGUUAUGGAGUUUGCAAUACGCUUUUCGGUGGUCAAGCGUCUGUCCGGGACACAGAGUCAAUCGGAACAAUUUAACGGCUCUUAUUUUAAAAAUCAUGAUCACCUUUCCCACCAUGGAGUUCAUCGAGAGCGAUCUCGGCGAAGAUAUUGCAGUUUUGGCCCUGGCGGUGGCAAACUGCGGGUUCCGAUCCAACUUGGAGUUCUCUGAAGACGAGCUUGAUUUUCAAUUCAACAAAAUCAUUUGGGCUUGUUUGCACUUCUUCCGGCAAUAUCAGGGGGGUGACGAGGUCUUGAAACAGAGCGAAUUGAUUGCAGCUCUCACGAAAUGCAUUUUCCAAGAACACCCAGCGACAAAGGACCACAUUGAGGAGUUCUGCGAACUGACUAAAAUCAUACUCAGAGUGAGUCCCAAAUAUUUGCCGAGUUCGCACGAAAAAUUCAUGGAAGUUAAUGGACCACUUAAAGUUGUCAAAAUGAUCGAAGGUUUUUUAAUCAAAACGUACGAAAUGGAAGUCCUGGAUUGCUACAUGUACUGCUUGACUGAAAUGCUGCUCCAGAAAAACGCCGAUCUGCUUCGGAUUCUGGGCGAAAACAACACUUACGACAUUGUCGCAUCCACAUGUUGGAAAGUUUUAACAAUCAGUAAAUCCCUAACAAAGUUCAACCAAAAAGUCCUAACUCGGGGAUUCACCAUUUUGCAGUUACUUUUAUCAGCCGGUUACGCCGAUGAUAAACCUAUAACCUUGUGUCUCGAUUUUCUGAAUCGGGUGAUUCACCCGAAUGAAAAUGAUCCCUUGAUCGACGUUAGAGCCACAAUCUGUGCACUGCAUUUGUUGUGGCAGAGUGUGGUCACAUCAAACAGCUCCUACUCCAAGUUUUUGAAAAAAGGGGGGAUUUAUAUCCUACUGGACAUCACCGAGUUGUGUGCUUUCCCUGCCAAAGUGGUUUCGCUGGGCCUUCUGGCCGACACUGCCGAAAAAUCCCCCUCCAUCCCCUACUUUAUCACUUGGCGCAAAAAAGGCCAAAGACUGCUCCCGAUGUUGAUGGAAAUUUUCCGAAACGAGAAAAUGAUGACUUGCCACAGCAUCGAAAGCCAGAAUGAAAAUGUAUGGUUGGUGUUGUGUGACGGCCAAAAAAUCAAUUUCCGCGCCGAUUGUUUGACACAAGAACAGCUUUUGGAAAGCUGCAGAUGCAAAGUUCAUGCUAUUUUGUACGCUUUGAAAGUCAGGUUUAGAGAGAGCGUUGAAGUGGCCGAUGAAAAUUACAAGCUCUUCAGCGGAAAAUUGAAAACAGACGACGAGCUCACAAUGCUAUUCGCUGAAAACUACUCCUCGCUGAAAAUGUGCCAGAGUUGGAUUCGCGUUUUUCGCGAAUUGCAGAGUGAGGGAGUAACGCCUGUUGAGGUGGACGGUGACCACUUGAACGAAAAACUCGAAAGGAUUCGGCAUUGGAAACAAUACCUCCGAUACAAAAUCAGGCAAAUCGUCCAAAAGGAGAGCCAACAAGACCAUUUCAACGAGUUGGAAACUUACACAACUCUGAAAGACGCUCGGCUGUCCGAUGCUUUAGACGGGUUGAAAGAACUGCGUUACAUUUCCAAUUGUACGGAGAGAAUGUUUCAAAUGCGUAAGAAAUUGAAACUCCAAAGGGAAGUUGAGGUCUUGCGUUCGCGAAACACGAAUUUUCAUCGCACUAUUAGCGCGGGGCUGUUUACGAAUGUUUACAAUCAGAGUAUCAGUAUUCAGAGUAACAUUGUUUUUGAUAAAAAAGACGACCAAAGCCCGCCCAGUCCCGUCUCAUUGGACGACAAUCAACGAUUGAGUGACUCAGGGUCUGAGCAUGAUUUGAGCGAACAUGGGUUGGAAUGCUAAUUUUCAUUGUAUAAAUAAAUGCGAAAAAUCACGUUUUUAAUGAAAUAAUCGACUUUCAAAUUGGAGCUUUAUUGCUAGAGAAAAAUACACUGAGAUCCACGUAAACAAUUUUAAUUGACAAAAUAUAUCCAUACCAUAUUAUGUACAAUAAAUACACUGUGAUACAUUUAGAAUAGGUGAAGGGUUAACAAUGUGAAUGACUAGAAAAACACAGUCGACAGUAAAUAUCACUAGAGAAAAACAACAAAUAAACAAUUAAAGCUU